AUGAAUAAAUCAUGGAGCAGAUUGAUACGCGUCGUUUUUGCAACUCUUUUCUUAGCCCUGGUGGCGUUCAAAUCUCUUUUCCCUGGAGAUGAUCCUUAUCGCUGUCGCGCGGUUCAGAAAACAGGUCGAUGGAUUGACCCGAUUCGCGAUGAGCAGGGGAACCGGGAUCCAUUCAAGCAAUGGCAGCCUGAUGGAUGUAUCCUCAAUCACUAUCAUUCACAGGAUAUCCGCAGAUGUACUGAGGGUCGUCCAAUUGUCCUCGUUGGUGACUCGACAUCUAAGAACGUUGGUCUCGCCAUGGGCAGUCUACUCGAUAAUAAGCAGUACAAAAAGGAUGAAGCAGCCAGGUUGUUCAGCAAGACGACAUCCUACAACAUGACAUAUCACGGCCAGAGGAUUGAACGUGUCGCCAACGUCUAUCUCUCAUCGCAUGGUGUUCCAGGUCGAGAACAAUUUGUCAGCCAUCUCGAAACUUACGCAGGGGAAAAGACAAACCCUCCAUCCAUUGAAGACCAAAAAGGCCCGGCAUUGAUCUAUAUAGCUGCAGGCGCAUGGUAUACCCAUCCACACUAUGGAGGUAUUGGCUCUACCGCCCUUGAUCCCUGGGACGAUCGUUUCUCGGCAUAUCAGGAUCACUUAUCAAAAGUUGACAAAUUCAUCGGCAAUAAUACACCACAUCAAGAUUGGUUCAGCGCCCCGAUGGAUCCACGAGAUGGUAUCGGAAACCAAAUCUUUUACGCACCACCCGCUGGGCCGCGAUACCUGGGCAAUGAUACCAAAAUGGUUCUCGACAGAGGUCGCCGAGCGGAAGAGGUCAUCGAGAUGCAAGACUGGCUUUUGGAAAAGGAUGAUGACUUCAAUAUUCCGUUCGUCUGGUCUAUUGCCAACCUUGUCGAAGGUCAAGACAAAGUCUGGCGUGAUCCCCUUCGCACCGGCUUUCACGUCAAGUUUCAAGUCGCAGAGCUUCGAGCCAAUAUUCUUCUCAAUAUGAGAUGCAAUGCCAAAUUGGACCGGAUGAAGCCGUAUCCCUAUUCACGGACGUGCUGUACCGACUACGGCGUCAAGCCAAUGGUUCAGCUUUCCGUGGUGGCAUUUGGUAUUGUGUACCUAACUGCUUGUAUCAUUUGCGAGUUCCUGGAUAUGUGUGCCGACCGAAGUGCCGAUCAGCCUCGCUUCAAGCUCCUCAACAUGCAAGCCGGAUGUCUCGUACUAGCACUUCUGAUGUGUUACUACGCUGAUCGAACCCAGAUGAUGGCAAAGGGUAGCAAACUUUGGCAAAUGAAAGACUUUGUCGCGCUUUGCAUUCUUUGCAUCGCAAUCAUGUUGGCCACUAUUCGUCGCAUCAAGUCGCCUAUUUCAGAGGACCUCUCAGUAUACAUGCAAGAGUCAGACCAACCAUUCCUCUCACGGGAUCAGACCGAUGAGUGGAAAGGAUGGAUGCAGUCCUUCAUCCUUAUCUAUCGCUGGACCGGUGCCCAUGAUGGUUCAAUCUACGUCCUCAUCCGUGUCUGCGUUGCGGCAUAUCUCUUCCAAACAGGCUACGGACAUACAGUUUAUUUCCUGAAUAAGAACGACUUCUCCUUUAAUCGUGUCGCAGCCACGUUACUACGCCUCAACAUGCUCAGCUGUUGUCUCGCGUACUUCAUGGAUACAGACUACAUGUUCUACUACUUCUCCCCGCUCGUGUCAUUCUGGUUCCUUGUCGUUUACGCGACAAUGGCGGUUCGGCCAAGGCACAAUAGCGAUUUGCAGAUCAUGCUGGCCAAGAUCUGCAUGUCUUGUCUCAUUGUAUCGAUGAUAUUCAUGGGGACGCCUCUUACGCGUUGGGUCUUUGGUAUUCUCAACACUGUUUUCAAGAUCCAGUGGAGUCAUGAGGAAUGGUAUCGCCGCGUUACACUCGACAUGUUCAUCGUCCACGCUGGUAUGCUGACAGCCGUUGCCAACCGGCACUUGAAGAUGCCUAUUCAUUUAGGGCUUCGUGUAACACUUGCUCUGGCUGGCUUCUUCGCCACGAUACAUUAUUUCUAUGCGACCUCAGGUCUUCUCAUAGAUGCGUACUCGAAAUGGCAUCCGUAUGUAUCGCUUGUACCAGUCAUGGGUUUCGUCGCCAUGCGCAAUGUCUCGGACCCAGUCCGCAACUAUCACUCCAAAGCUAUGGCUUGGUUAGGCCGUUGUUCCUUGGAGACCUACAUCCUCCAGUUUCACAUUCUUCUCGCAGCCGAUACCGAGGGUGUUCUCAUUGUCGAUGGCCUAUUUGGCGAUGGAUCACUCCUGGGAGACCGAUGGAGGACUUUGGUGAUCAUCCUGCCAGUUUUCCUAUGGAUCAGUCACGCGGUCGCUGGUUCAACUCGAUACAUCGUCAAGAUGAUUAUGCAUCAAGGCACAGAAGAUGAGAAGUUGGGCAGACCAUCUUUUUGGGCUUGGCUGGAGUAUAUCUCAGGCUUGUCCUAUCCUUCGCAGGCUCUUGAGCUCGAGACUCUCGGCCUCACUCAUGAGACUGGUGCAACGCCGAAGCAGCCAAACCCGGUGUUAUCAACAACGGGGCGUCGGCUUGGAUCGCGCAAUGACCAUGAGGACGAGCACGACAAUUUCACUGGUUCAGGCGAUGAGUCUGCACCCCCGAGGGCCGCUCUCGUUGUAGAGAAGUGGAAUGAACCCAUGGGCAAUGCCUUUCGAGUCGGCGCUGUCUAUUGGAGUCUUUUUGUCUCGGGCGCCAACGAUGCAGCAUACGGAGCUUUGAUCCCUUAUCUCGAGACCUACUAUGAGCUCUCUUACCUCGUCGUCUCACUCAUCUUCCUCUCACCAUUCGUCGGAUUCAUCGUUUCGGCUGCCGUCAACAACUAUCUUCACAUGAACAUCGGUCAGCGAUGGAUCGCCUUCAUGUGCGGAGGAUGCCACGUCUUGACAUAUCUUAUCUUAGCGCAGCAUCCGCCUUAUCCUGUUCUCGUCUUGGCAUAUGUCCUUGCAGGCCUGGGUAAUGGAAUCGGACUUGCUGCUUGGAACUCGUACAUCGGCAAUUUGGCGAGGUCUAAUGAGUUGCUGGGUUUUAUGCAUGCGAGCUAUGGGCUUGGAGGAACUGUGAGCCCUCUUAUUGCGACUAGCAUGAUCACCCAGGCGAACCUUGGGUGGUACGACUUUUACUAUGUGCUUCUGGGCAUGGCUGUUCUUGAGACCGCAACUCUCACCUACUCCUUCUGGCCCAAGACAGCUCAGAAGUAUCGCGAGGCUGUUCAUACCGAGGGCACUCGCAACGAAGGCACGCGAGCCGCUCUCUUCGUUAAGCCUCAUGCUCGCGUUGUUUGGCUUUGUGCCUUCUUCCUUCUCGGUUACGUUGGUACCGAAGUCGCUCUCGGCGGCUGGGUCGUGCAAUUCAUGUUGCGUGUUCGUAACGCUGACCCUUUCGAUGCCGGAAUGACAGCCGUCGGCUUCUGGCUGGGCAUUACCAUCGGACGUCUGGUUUUGGGCAUGGUGAUUCCCAAGAUCGGUGUCAAAUUGUCACUCAUGAUCUUCAUUCCAAUUACCAUGGGCCUACAGCUCAUCUUCUGGCUCGUCCCGCAAUUCCACGUCUCAGCCGUAGCAGUUUCGCUGCAGGGCUUCUUCUUGGGACCCAUGUUUCCCUGUGUCAUUGUGGCCCUUACAAUGCUUCUUCCGCGACAUCUCCACGUCAGCGCAAUUGGAUUCGCUGCUGCGUUUGGUGGAAGCGGCGCGGCUGUGCUGCCCUUUGCGGUUGGUGCGAUUGCGCAGGCUAAGGGAGUGCAGGUUCUUCAGCCAAUUAUUCUCGCUAUUCUAGCUGUGCUGUUCGUAAUCUGGCUUGGCCUACCCAAGAUCGAGAAGCGAAAGGAUUGA